AUGGCGUCAAAGUUGGGUUUAGCGGGUGGAAUACCGGAGCGUAGAGUUCGACCUAUCUGGGAUGCAAUUGAUUCUCGGCAGUUCAAGAAUGCUCUGAAGCACUGCACCACUCUUCUUUCCAAAUACCCGAAUUCUCCAUAUGCUCUGGCACUUAAAGCUUUGGUUUUGGAAAGGAUGGGUAAAUCUGAAGAAGCAUUUUCGGUUUCCUUAAAUGCCAAAGACGUUUUGUACACUAAUGACUCUCUCUUGAUUGAUGAUCUUACUCUCAGCACUCUACAGAUUGUCUUCCAACGACUUGAUCACUUGGAUAUGGCCACAAGUUGCUACGAGUAUGCUUACGCCAAAUUUCCAAACAACUUGGAUCUAAUGAUGGGUCUCUUCAAUUGCUAUGUCCGUGAAUAUUCCUUUGUCAAGCAACAACAGAUAGCUAUUAAAAUGUACAAGAUUGCUGGUGAAGAAAGGUUCCUGCUUUGGGCAGUAUGCAGCAUUCAAUUGCAGGUUCUCUGUAGCAAUGGAGGAGAGAAGCUAUUACUCUUAGCAGAAGGCCUGCUGAAGAAGCACAUUGCUUCUCAUAGUUUACAUGAACCGGAAGCUCUUGUUGUAUAUGUUUCCUUAUUAGAACAUCAGUCUAAAUACGGAGACGCCUUGGAACUUCUUACUGGAAAAUUUGGGUCUCUUAUAAUGACCGAAGUUGAUAGACUACGUUUACAGGGGAGGCUUCUUGCUAGAGGAGGUGAUUAUGCUGCUGCAGCCAGCAUAUUCCAGAAAGUUUUAGAACUAAGCCCCGAUGAUUGGGAGUGUUUCCUCCACUAUCUUGGCUGUUUACUGGAGGAUGACAGUAGCUUGUGUAAGGGGGAAAACAAUGAGUCUACUUAUCCUCUAAAGCUGAUGGACUUCCAAGUUUCUCACUUGACAGAUGAAGCAUUCGAUUCUCGCGUAUCAAAUGCAUCAUAUCUUGUACAGAAAUUGUUAAAAGAAGCUAGUAAUGAUACUGUAAGAUGUCCUUACUUGGCGAAUAUUGAAAUCGAAAGAAGAAAGCUUCUACAUGGAAAAGGUGAUGCAGAUAAGUUGGUCGAGGCUUUGGUACAAUAUUUUUUGAGGUAUGGGCAUUUGGCUUGUUUUGCUUCUGAUGUUGAAAUAUUUGUACACACUCUGGAUCUUGAUAAGAGGACACAGCUUCUGGAUAAGCUGAAGGAAUGCUGUGAGUCUAUUCCAACUAAUCCCAGAAAGACUCUUGGACAACAUAUUACUGUCUUCAAAAUUCAAAAUAUUGUUGGCAGCAUGCUCACUCUUUCCAUUAAUGAGCUGGAGACAACAGCUGUUAAAAUGACACAAAUGUUCUGUGAAAAUCUCCCUCUAUCAAAAGAAUUGGAUGCUCAAGAGAGUAUGUAUGGUGAAGAUCUUUUGUCCAUGGCAUGUAACUUGUUGGUACAGCUCUUUUGGCGUACUAGGCACAUCGGGUAUCUGGUGGAAUCAGUUAUGAUCUUGGAAUUUGGUUUGACAGUAAGAAGACAUGUUUCACAGUACAAGAUUUUGCUGCUGCAUUUGUACUCUUAUUGGAAUUCUCUUCCUUUGGCGUAUGAAUGGUAUAAAACACUGGACGUGAAGAACAUAUUGUUGGAAACUGUAUCACACCACAUUUUGCCACAGAUGUUAGCCUCACCAUUGUGGUCUGAUUCAACAGAUAUUUUGAGGGAUUAUUUAAGAUUCAUGGAUGAUCACUUUAGGGAAUCUGCUGAUCUUACAUUUCUUGCCUAUCGUCAUCGAAGUUAUUCUAAAGUUAUUGAGUUUGUUCAAUUCAAGGAGCGAUUGCAACAAUCUAGCCAGUAUUUGAUGGCAAAGAUUGAAAUAUCCAUUCUGCAGUUAAAGCAGAAAGCAAAUAAUAUUGAAGAAGGGGAGGGCAUUCUUGAAAGCUUGAAACAAGGAGUUCAGUUUCUUGAACUCACAGAUGAAAUUGGAACCAAAUCAUUGACCUUCAAUGAAGAAUUGCAGCUGCGGCCCUGGUGGACACCAACUUAUGACAAAAAUUAUCUUUUAGAGCCAUUUGAAGGAGUAGCUUAUUGCACCGGACAAACCUUGGAUGAUCAAAUCAAACGGUCUCAAGCUAAAUUGGUUAAUACAAUUGAGAAGAGGUCCCUUUUACCAAGACUUGUCUUUCUCUCGAUUCAAUGUGCAUCAUCAUCUGUCAAGGGAAAUGUUGAAGCAAAUGGUUCUGUGUUUGAUCCUAAGCUAUCAUCGGAGCUGAGAUUGUUACUCGAGCGGUAUGCCAAUAUCUUGGGAUUAUCCUUCCAGGAUGCUGUAGGGAUGGCUUUUGAUAUUUCGAGUGGUCUUAAGGAUGCAGAGGCAUGGAGCUGCAAUCUGAUUGAUUGGAUGAACUUUGUUGUAUUUUUAAAUGCUUGGAAUCUUUAUUCUCAUGAAGUAGAUAGAGAUUCAAAUAAGCAUGGUACUACAUGGCUUGUGAAUUUGAUUCUGAAGAAGUGUAUCCUGGAUAAAGUGAGAUCAAUGGGAGCACCAGAGUCAUCACCCGGAUGUGAUCUUCCUCAUUUGGUGCUAUUGGUAACUGAACCUUUAGCUUGGCAUAUUAUGGUGAUUCAGUGUUGUGCCAGGUCAUUAUUGCCUUCAGGAAAGAGAAAAAAGAAAGGUGGACCUUCGGAGCAGUGUAACAUUGAGUUGUGUCAAGAAGUACAGGAUUCAAUCCGUUGUGUAUGUGAGACUAUAGAGCUGGUUAGAGACUGGCUAAAUCAACAAAUGAGCAAGUCAGACAAUGACAAAUCGGAAAGUAUACUUUCAUCACUCAAAAGAGAUGGAGAGUUAGGACCCUGGAAGGUCUACCGUGUUAUUGAAACUUUAACCUCGUCUUCAACAAUUGAUAAAGGUCUUGGUGAUGUGAUCACUGGAGCAUUGCAGUCUUGGAGUCCUGUUGAUAUUACUAGAAAAAUCAUUACUAGUCAGCGAACUUCUUUAUCUAAUUUCCUUAGAAUUUGUGAUUCAAAAAUCAAAUCAGUGAAGGAACUGAAAGCUCAAUUAUAGCUGGCUGGGGAAAUAUUUGAUUUUUUUGUGGAGGGGAAUUCCAAGUGAUUUUCUUGUUUUUAAUUUCUAGCUAUUGUCUUUUCCCUAGUAGACUCAUCUAACGUUGCUCCAAAUUUUCAUUUCAUCUUUCAAUUUUAUGUACAAUAAACAUGAAAUUCAUUUUCCCGAGUAUCUUAUUUGUUUAGCCGAAA